CGAUCUCUAUCGAUAGUACAAACACAAUUCCCGGUUCUUAUAGCUGUAAACAAACUAUCCAGCGAAUAUUUGUAAGUCAUCUACAUAAAUAUACGGCCAGCUAUGGAGGCGUCCAUAUGUCGUGUUUGCUUGGAAAACAACGAAAAUAUGGUAAAUAUCUUUAAUCGGACGCACGCGUCGGGGACUUGCAUUGCGAAUAUCCUCUCACACUGGAGUGGCUAUCCUGUUGAGCAAGAUGAUCCCUUCCCCAAAACCAUUUGCAAGUCCUGCCUGCAGGAUGCGGAAAAUGCUUACGAUAUGGAUACGGAUCAACAAUUUGAUGAGAUAAUGAAACCCUCACUGGAGGACUUCAGCGGAAAAGAGGUGUCCAUAUCGAAGGAAUCAGGAGUUGCAGAAGGAGCCCCCCAAGAGAUCCACAUUAAGGAAGAAGUCCCAGACUUUUGUAGUACAAAUGAACCCCAAGUGAUAAACGAGCCACUUAUAGAAGACAUUUUCGAGGAAGAACAGUGCCAUAUCUCAAACUCCGACUCUAUCCCAGUGAUCAAGGAAAAUGUACAGGGAACAUUUUAUAGCCUUAAGGAUGGAUAUGUUAAAUUGACCGAGCAUCUACCUUUCAAGUGUCCGCAUUGUGUAAGAAGUUUUUCAUCGAAAGGAAAUUACACACAACACUUGAAGAUACACUACGGGCAACGACGCUUUAGGUGUUUCGUCUGUUCGGCGACCUUUAAAGCUGCCAAUAUCCUCAAGGUACACAUGCGCAUACACACCGGAGAACGACCGUUCCCCUGUGUCCAAUGCAAUAUGUCCUUUACAACUAAUUCAAAUCUUAAACGACACUUGCGAACAGUGCAUCCUUAACCUACGAGUAGGCGACGUCAAAUAUCAAUGCACAAAACUCGACUACUUCCACCGAUCACCCGAACUUAAGAACAACAGCCGAACUUAACCAUGCAUAAAGAAGAUAGUCUCAAUUUUAAGGAUGACUCCCAAUCAAAGACUUGCAACGUGAUAUUGAAUUAAGGCAUUUACCGGAUAAGGGACACUUAAACAAGUGAAACCUCACCUUUCUGUAUCGGUUUAUCAUCAAAUUCAUUUCCAAUAUUAUAUUAUUUAUAUUUAUGUUACACAACAGCCCAACAGAAUAAAAUGUCUGCAUAAUUUUUUUUCACAAAUGAUUACCGGACACGGAACUACCAAAAAAAUAUAUAUUGUACCUAACAAAUUAAUUUAGCUAUGUUAAUGUUAUGCAACAUAUAUGUAAUGUAGCUAAUAUAUUCAGAAAAGAAUCUGCAUGUAAUUUUUUUAAUUUUUACCGGAUAGGGACUACCGAAAAAUAGUUUACAUUGUACCUUUACAUAUUAAUUUAGCUAUAAUAAUGUUAUGCAACAUAUAUGUAUUGUAGCUAAUAUAUUCAGAAAAGAAUCUGCAUAUAAUUUUUUUUUAUACAUUUUUACCGGACAGGGACUAAUUUAGGUGUAUUAAUUUAUACAACAUAUAUGUAUUGUAGCUAAUAUAUUCAGAAAAGAAUCUCUGUAUAUAUAUUUUUUUUUUUGUACUUUUUUACCGGAUAGGGACUACCGAAAAAUA